GUCUGAACCAGACCCUUUCUGGACAUUAUUUUGUUUGGCUGCCAGUUGUCCCACGACAGCAUCCACAGCUGAACACUUAAGUAGGGAGCUUUCUCCUCUCCCGGCUUUCGUGUUGUUGUCGUCUACAGCAACACAGCCAUCAUAACCAUGGCCGGGAAACAGAAGCAAGCUGUCGCAAAGAAGGAGGUUGCGCCGCGCCAGCAGCACUACGAAUUUGGCGGCCCCAUCGGCGCCUUCGUCAUAACAUUUGGCCUCCCCAUUCUCGUCCACGUCUUCAACCUUUUCUGCAACGACAUCUCCGGCUGCCCUGCGCCCUCGCUCCUCCACCCCAAGUCCCUCGACCUUGCCCAGCUCAAGCGCGAAAUUGGCUGGCCUGAAAAUGGCGUCUUCGGGCUCUUCUCGUGGUCCGCCACGCUCUGGACUCUGGGUUACUACACCCUCUCGCUCGUUCAAUACCGCAUCCUCCCCGGCCACCACGUCGAGGGAACCGAGCUGAGCACCGGCGGUCGGCUCAAGUACAAGCUGAACGCUUUCAACUCGGCCAUGUGCACCUUGGCCAUCCUGGCUGCCGGCACCAUUGCUCAGGGCGCCGAGUUCCCUGUUUGGACUUUCAUCUCCGACAACUUUGCGCAGAUCAUCAGCGCCAACAUCCUCGUCGCUUCCGCGCUCGCCAUCUUCGUCUACGUCCGCAGCUUUGACGUCAAGCCCGGCAACAAGGACAUGCGCGAGUUGGCAGCAGGCGGUGCCACCGGCUCCCUCAUCUACGAUUUCUAUAUUGGUCGCGAGCUCAAUCCACGCAUCACUCUGCCCCUCAUCGGCGAAGUGGACAUCAAGGAAUUCAUGGAAAUGCGCCCCGGUCUCUUGGGGUGGAUCAUUCUCAACUGCGCCUUCAUCGCCAAGCAAUACCGUUUGUACGGCUAUGUUACCGAUUCGAUCCUCUUCAUCACCGCCAUCCAGGCUGUCUACGUUUUGGACGGCAUUUACAUGGAACCAGCGGUCUUGACUACCAUGGAUAUCACUACUGACGGCUUCGGGUUCAUGUUGAGCUUCGGAGAUGUCGUUUGGCUGCCGUUCAUGUACUCGACUCAGACACGCUACCUUGCCGUCCAUCCUCAGCAGCUUGGCGCUUUCGGCUUGAUUGCUGUUGGUGCCGUCCUGGCUGCUGGUUAUAGCAUCUUCCGCCUGUCCAACUCGCAGAAGAACAACUUCCGCAGGAAUCCUGAGGAUUCCAGCGUUAAGCACCUUACCUACCUCCAGACCAAGACUGGAUCGAGACUCAUUACCUCGGGAUGGUGGGGCAUCGCUCGUCACAUCAACUAUGCCGGUGACUGGCUUCAGAGCUGGCCUUACUCUCUCCCGACCGGCAUUGCUGGCUACCAGAUCUUGAGCGCUGGCAGCGGGGCUCCUGGUGCGAUUACCAUGCUUGACGGGCGCGAGGUUGUCCAAGGCGAGGCGAGGGGCUGGGGUAUGGUUUUCACUUACUUCUACAUCCUCUACUUUGCCAUUCUCUUGAUCCACCGCGAUCUCAGAGAUGACGAGAAGUGCUCCAAAAAGUAUGGCGAGGAUUGGGAAAAGUACAAGAAGCUUGUCAAGUGGAGAAUUGUCCCUGGCAUCUACUAGGCGGAUGGAGGAUGUGGUUGUGUGGUUGUGGUUUUGGGUACCCGGAGGAGGUUGCUCUGUUAUUUGCAGCUGGUGCGAGGAACUGUGCUGCGUAUGAUGUUAAUAGUGUAAUAAGUCAACGGCUAAAAUGAAGUGGGAUGUAAUGUUACUCAUGGAUUCAAGCCGCCCGUCAC